CUUCCUUACUGCCGUUUCUUCCAGAGCUGGAAGAGAUCAGCCUGUCCUGGAAUGGUUGUGUUGGUGGGACUUUGAAAGCUCUCACUGUUCAUCUUCAUCAUGUGAACCUGUUAAAAGUCCUUCGACUUAACAACUGCAGGCUGACAGCUGAGGAUGUCACCUCCUUAGGAGAGGCAUUUGAAAUUGUUCCUCAACUUGAAGAACUGGAUUUAUCAUGGAACAGUAACAUAGGUGGAAAACUAUCACUCCUGACAAAAAAACUCCAGAAAGGAUGCAAGAUAAAAUUUCUGAAAAUUACAGACUGUAACCUCACGGCAAAGGAUGGAGAAUCCCUUGCUGAAAUUCUAAAUGUGAUCCCAAACCUCGAAGUAUUAGAUCUCUCUAUCAACAAACACAUUGGCUCCAGCAUGAAGGUUAUUGGUCAGGAUCUGAAAAAUGUUCCAGGCUUGAAAGAGUUGAACUUGCACAUGUGUGGAUUAAAGCAAGACAGCCUCCAGGGCUUAGAUGCUGCUUUACAGCACCUUGCUGGGUUAAGAAAAUUAGACAUAUCGUGUAACAAAGAAAUUGGUGGUGGCUUUAAAUACUCAACAGCUCAUUUGGCCAGCUUGAAAAAUCUCGAAGUCCUUGAUCUCCACCAGUGCUGUGUAACAGAAGAGGACGUGACCAUUUUGUCCCAGGUGAUACCUUUACUCUCCAGUCUUCAAGAGCUGAAUUUAUCCUCGAAUAAAAAUGUAGGAGUCUCAUCUGAUCCUCUUCUGGGCAGGCUCAGGUUUUUACCAAAGUUGAAAUCUGUGGCCAUCAGCAAUUGUGGUUUGGGCAAAGAGUCAUUUUCAUUACUAGCCGAGGCUGCCCUUCACCUUCCUGAACUGGAGAUAUUAGACCUUUCUUGGAAUAAGUGCGUUGGUGGGAACCUAAAGCUGCUUUUGGGAACACUAAAGCUUGCAACGGAGAUUCAGGUGUUAAGACUGAGCAGCUGUAACUUGGUGGCUGAAGAUUUGGCACUUCUAACGUCACUGACGCAGGAUGGUCAUCUAGCCAGAUUACGGAAGCUGGAUUUGAGUUACAAUAACAACAUCUCUGAUGAAGGGUGGGUCAUUUUCUGUCAAGGCUUAGCAGUAUUCAAAGAACUCUCCGAGCUGGAUGUCAGUCUUCGUCCAUCGUCCUGCCGUGACUGUGGGACGUGGUUCAGCGAGUUGUUAGCAGCACUGACAAAGCUGCCUGCCUUGGCAGAGCUGGGGAUGCAAAGAUGGGUCCCUUCGGAAUCACAGCGGAAACGACUGGAAAGCUUUAAUCAAGACAACAAACGAAACAUUCGUUUUGACUGUUGAUGGAGAUUGAAGGUUUCUGGAAGGCCUUUCACAAGCAGGACAUGAACCAAAUACUAUGUGUCUCUGACUUAGAAG